UUUGUAUUCUUCGUAUUAGCGCCAUCAUUUUUCAUCUUUUCAUUCAUUUGCAAUCUAUUGGUACUUUCAUCCAUCGUUCGACGACAAUCCAAAGCUGCUCGAAAACAAAGUGGACGAAGUUUGAAUCCAAGACAUUUGCAACAACAAAAAGCAAUUGUUUACACAUAUAUUUUACAAGCAUUUAUGCCACUUGUUUUGGCUACACCAUAUUAUGUUGCAAGUUUGUCUUUUUUCUAA